AUGAUCCAGGGCAUCUCAGAGCGUUUCUUUCCUGGCUGGGGCUGGGACGAGGAUGGGGAGGAAGACUGGGAAGGGCCAGUGCUGACCUUGCUGGCGCUGGCGGUGGUGGCUGCCACAGCACUGGCCCUGCACUGGUUUGGCUCUGGACAGGACCAGGAAGUGGCAGGGUCAGCAUCCACAGCCCCAGAGAUCCAGCCUGCAACGCUGCUGCCAAAGUCCACGGUCAGCGAUGGCAUCGAGGGACAAAGCUCAGGAGAGGAGAAGUCAGACCCAGCAAGAUGUGGUCAGGUUGCUGCAGGGGUUCAGGACCAGGAGCCCCCUGGGGUCGGAGGUCAGACUGCCACCGCGGCACCUUUACUCAAGACCCCUGGACAAACAGCCUUGGGACAGCAAUAUGGCAAUGCCACCUCAGAAGCCCCUCAAAGUAAAGGGGUACCUCUGAGGCCAGGCACUGCUCCAGGCGAGAGCAAAGAAGGGGGGACAUCAGCUCCUCUUGUGAUACACUUCACCCUGCGGAGUCCUGGCAGAGAAGUAGAUGUGCCCAAGGAGGCAGGAAGCAUCAGAGACAAGGCACCGACUCGCAAAGCCCGGGUCCACGCAGCAGGGCAGGACACCGGCUCCGGGCUGCACGGAGCUGGGGCUGCCGGCUCCCUGGAGAGAGGCCCCUCUCCUGCCCCGAGAGCAGCCCCGGUCCCUUCUGCUGCCCCCAAAGCAACUCCAGCCCCUUCUGCUGCUCCAGGUCCCUCUCCUGCCCCAAGUGCUGCCCCAGGCCCCUCUGCUGUCCCCACCAUUGCCCUAGCCCCAGCCCCUUUCUCAACUCCAGCCCCUGCCCCAACCCCAGGCCCAGCCUCCGCCCCAGAUGCAGCCCCCAUUCCAGACUCAGUCCAAGAUCCCAUCCCUGCCCCUACCCCAACCUUGGCCCCAGUGCCAUCCCCAUCUCCUACUACCCCCCGGACCCCAGCUAGUGGCUCCAGACCUGCAUCUCAAGGGCCGAGUGUGGCCCGCUGCAAGCAGGGGCAGAUCUCGACUAGUUGGGAAAACCUGAUUUCUAUGGUUCUUAGGAGCCAUCCCUUUCCCAGGCAAGAGAGGUUCUCAGGGAGGGUCCCCAGGGCAGCUCUAGGGACCUCUAACAUGCCCAGCUCCACACUGUCUGAUAACGGAGAACCUGCUUUGCCCCCUGACAGGGCUGUCUCCAGCCUGGCCACAGGGGCAGGCACAGGGGACCUGACUAACACUGCUUGUGAGCAUCAGCAGAGCAGCUCUGAGGUCAAGGGGGUUCCCACCUCAGGCCCACCCUCAGGCUCAGGAGGACAUGGGUCAACUGAGAAACGCGGGGAGUCUCCACUGCCCAGGACUGCAACGACCAGGCCCCUCUCCAGGCUUCCUGGGCAGCCUCAGCCUGGCUCCAUACCUGCCCGCUCGGCCACACAGGACGCUCCACCGGUCCCACGGCCCCGGAAACGCAGCCUGUGUGAGAUGGUGGACAGUGCUGAGCAAGCUGGCCCUGAGGCCCCCCACCCACAGCAAGGAGAGGCGCCAGGGGAUAGGGGCAGCCCUGUUGGUGGGGGGCUGCUCACAGAGAAGCAGAAGGAGGCCCGCAAGCUCAUGGUGUUUCUGCAGAGGCCUGGGAGCUGGGGUGUGGUAGAAGGACCCCGCAAGUCCAGCUCUCCAGCCCGGGGGCCAGCCUCAGCAGCAGCUCUGCAGAGACGGCUGGAUCUGGGCAGCUGCCUGGACGUGCUGGCCUUGGCGCAGCAGCACAGGGAGCCGGGCCUGGCCCAGGAGGCCUACGCCCUGAUGAGUGACAACCUCCUGCACGUGCUGGGUGACCCCGGCCUCUACCGGCAGCUGAGUGGAGCUGAGCGCCAGCGCAUCCUGAGCCUUCGGACCCGGGGCCAGGCGGUGCUGGGGGUCCUGGUGCUGCCUAGUCUCUACCAGGUGAGCCGCCCGGGAUUCCCGAGGGGUCCUCCUGGGGAGGAGGCUCCUGCUGCUGGCCCUGGCCCCCCGCCUCCUUGCUCCCCGCUCCAUGUGUUCAGCCCCCGAGAGAACAGCUGGAGGCAGCUGACCCAGGUGCCAGCGGAGGUCCCGCUCCGGGGAUGCGGCCUCUGCACCAUGCACAACUACCUUUUCCUGGCGGGAGGCAUCCGUGGCUCUGGCGCCCAGUCUGUCUGCUCCAAUGAGGUCUUCUGCUACAAUCCUCUGACCAACAUCUGGAGCCAGGUGAGGCCCAUGCAGCAGGCACGGGCCCAGCUCAAGCUGGUGGCUGUGGAGGGGCUGCUGUAUGCCAUCGGGGGUGAGUGUCUAUACAGCAUGGAAUGCUACGACCCUCGCACGGACACCUGGACCUCUCGGGCGCCCCUUCCAGCAGGCACCUUCCCUGUGGCCCAUGAGGCCGUGGCCUGCCGGGGGGACAUCUAUGUCACCGGGGGUCACCUGUUCUACCGCUUACUCAGGUAUAGCCCCGAGAAGGAUGCCUGGGCUGAGUGUCCCUACAGUGCCAGCCACCGGAGGUCCAGCGAUAUGGUGGCGCUGGGUGGUUUCCUAUACCGAUUUGACCUGCUCCGGGGCGUGGGUGCUGCAGUGAUGCGCUACAACACGGUGACAGGCUCCUGGAGCCGAGCCGCCUCCCUGCCUCUGCCCGACCCCACUCCGCUGCGCUGCGCAGUGCUGGGCAACACCAUCUACUGCCUCAACCACCAGGUCACGGCCACUUUCACCGUCUCAGAGGGGACUGCUCAGUUCCAGGCCAAGGAGCUGCAGCCCUUCCCUCUGGGGAGCAAGGGAGUCCUUUGUCCAUUCGUCCUGACCCUGCCCAGUGCAGAACCGAUGCAGACUGCCCUCUGA